AGUAAUGGCGUACAGCGAGAGAGGGACACUCCCUCUGCAAGUAGGGGAGGUUUAGUCUGGGCUCACCGCGAGACGUGUCAGUGGAUUAACCCAACAAUAACCCUAGGAUACUAAUGAACCUUUCCUCUAACCAAAAUGGCAGCUGUAAACAAUAUUCCUCGUGACAUACAAGACAGUAUUCGCGAUGUGGUUGACAGACGCAUGAAAUUCAGCAUUAAGCGAAUGGUCAGACAGGAAGUGCGCCCUGAAAAGCUCGAAAAUAGAAUACUGGCCUUUUCACCAUGCCGCCUGUUUGUGCUGGCAGCCCGAGUGCCUACGAAGCUAGAGCAAAGUUUCCACUUCCUAGAUAUUCAAGCAAUAGAAAGCAGGAAGCCAAACCAGAUGGUGUUGACGGUGGAGGGGAAGUGUUACACGUUCGUAACUCUAGAACCAGACACGGAGGAGAUAGAUCACAUGGUCACGCACGUCGGGAAGUCACUCAAACAGAUCUUUCCCUCAUUUCCAUUAGAACGGUUAAUAGUCAAACUAGAGGUCACACCUCCGGAAAGGUUGAAAACUAUGUAUGACAUGAUCAAAGAUAUUGAAGGAAAAGACAUGGGGCCAUGUGGAGGCUAUGCAUCGAUGUACGCCUGUAUGUGUGACUACCAUUCCUUACCCUACAGGGAGGAAGUGGCAUGGGAUGUAGAUACCAUUUACCUAUCUCAGGACUCCCGGGAGCUGUGCUUGCGAGAUUUUGACCAUUUAAAUGGAAAGGACCUGGUGCCAAUCAUAUCGGCUCUCGAGCAUAAUUGCUGGUUUACGAAAUUAAAUGCAAACCAUGUCAAACUGACAUCCGAAGCUGCCAACGAGAUUUUACAAGUGAUGAAGCGUAACUCUGUGAUAGAGGAAUUGGGACUCUGCAAUACAGGAAUCAAAGUAGAUUUUAUACAGAAACUGUCAACUGCCUUAUUGUCCAACAGCGGUACCCAGCUGUGUCGAGUCGACCUGUCGAAUAACUUCCUAGAAGAUAGAGGUGUGCAUCACCUGAUGGGCUCGUUAAGUAACCAGGCCAAGGGGCUCGUGUACCUGGAUGUGUCGAAGACAGGGAUGACAACGAAAGGCCUCAACAGGAUAGCGGAUACAAUGGGGGGAAGUGCAUGUAUCCCAAAUACCCUCCGAACCCUCAAGCUGGCCGAGAACGGACAGAAGGGGGAAGAUCUAACACAAGUUUUCAACUUUCUGGCCCAUCCGAACGGCCUGACUCAUCUGGAUCUCUCCUACACUGACUGUACCCUUGAUAUGUUAUUUGGAGCACUGCAGCGAGGAUGCUGUACGAGUUUGAUCCACCUGAACGUCUCUCAUGUGACCUUCACCCACAAGAAGAUGAAGGAUGUACAGGUACCGACCAGCCUCAAACAGUUCUUCGCCACAGUGUGUAUGUUGGAGCACAUCGACCUGUCUAGUACAAGGCUUCCUCCAGAAGCAGUCAAAGAGUUGCUGCUUGGGAUAUCCAGUAAUAGACAUAUACACAAACUUCACCUUGACCUUAGCAGCAAUGACCUUCAAGGUCAGGGGACACACAACAUCGCGGGUUGCAUCAGUGAGAUUAAAAACCUCAUCAGUCUGGACAUCAGCAACAAUGGGUUUGAUUCCGACCUCAAGCUGCUGCUCCCUGAGAUAGCCAAAUGCCAGUCUCUAAAACACCUGUCAAUAGGACGAAACUUCCAAGGGGUCAAACCAAAGAACAUGCUGUCAGUGCUUGAUCCGGUGGUGCAGCUUAUACAAGAGGAAGAAAGUUCUCUGGAAUCUCUGUCCCUGGCUGACUCUCGUCUCAAGGCAGACACAGCCUACAUCAUCAACGCCCUGGGCAGCAACACCUCCCUCGUCACCAUCGACCUCAGUGGUAACCUAAUGGGAGACAUUGGGGCAAGGAUGUUGGCAAAGGCACUCCAGAUCAACACCAGACUCCGCACCAUCUUGUGGGACAAGAACGGCACCACCGCUCAGGGAUUUGAAGACAUUGCCGAAGCCCUGGAGAAGAACUUCUCAUUACACAAGAUGCCAUUCCCCGUGAACGAUGCCUCAGUCACUAUGAAGACGCACCCCGAGAAGACCGAAACUGCCUUGCAGAAAAUUGAGUCCCUGCUCCAGAGGAACCACAGCCCGCGGAAGUGUGCCUCGGACCAGCUGUACCGCCUCCAGCAGGGCUUCCUCAUCAGCUCCACACAGCAGAUGGUGGACCGCCUGGUAGUGCAGGUGCAGGAUACGGUGAAUGCCCUCAGCUACAGCCCCAGUGAACACUUCAAGGAGGACAUCGAACAUGCAGGGCGUGUGGUCAAGGAUGCUGAUAACUCCAAACAGCUGCUGCCGAGGCUUCAGAACAUCGCCAUCAAGUCCCAGGAUGCAGACAACCCGGUGGAGGUGAAGCUGCAGGAGAUCGCCAACAACCUGCGACGUGAGAUGGAGAACCAGAUGAAGAAAACAAUGGCCUCAAUGCUGAAAUGUACGACCACACAUUGCUCGGCUGUGAUGGAGGAUGAGACUUUCCAGUCAUCUUUGAAGGAGACCUGUGAAGAAAAAAGUAAUCUGCCUCGGGACUUCACCAAGUCGGUGUUAGAUGGUGUUGGCACUGACAUCUUCAACAAACUCAGUGAGCUGAAUCUCGCAGUCGCGGCACACAUUUCUGACCAGGUGAUUGAAGAGGUUAUAGAAAAUCUGUCAAAAAGCCACAAGACAUUGACAAACCACCUGAAUCUGAAACUCAGUGGAAGUUACAAGGAAUCACCCUCCAAAUCGGCUAACAAGACUGAUACUGAAAACGAUAAAGACGAGAAAAGAACUUCGACCGUCGGGCCCUGUUUGUACGCAGGAACAAACUACCUCCACGGAUCUCCGAAGUUAACAAGCAAGAGGAAAAGUUUAUAUGGCAGGAAACUUCGGCCUCAGUCUGUCAUAGCGUCCUCUGUACGUUCAUCCUCCAAUACAAAAGACCGUGAGCGUGUUCUCAAAGCUUUGCAAAUGCAAGAUAUAGACACCGGUGACCCCAAACCCUCAGCCGCAGUUGAUGAUGUUGCUGCUGCUGCUGCUGGCAGCGCAGACACCAAAGAUGACCUGGCCGACCUGAGCUCCAGUCUACAUGAUGGUAAACUGGGUCGACUGGAGGAGGAAGUCAGAAGUAAAGACCCAGCGCCAAUAUCCUUCGACACCCUGGAGUCCCCUGAGGCCUCGCAGACCCCCGUUACUCUGCAGCAUCUCAACAAGGCACGGCCCAAGCGCAUGAAGAAUAAGCCGCCAACUCGACCGGUGGCGCCUAGUGUUUUGGAGGAGACUGAAACGGAUGGCGUCAAUGCCUUCUACAAGACUCUUCCAGCAUCCAAGGACAGUUUGGCAUCGAGCAGUGGCGAUGCUCCUAAAUCAAGAAAGGAAUCCACAACAAGUCCCAAAGAAGAACAGUCGAAACCUGAGGGCAAGAAACGCUGGUUCUCCAAGGACAAAGAUAAGAGUUCUUCCAAAGAAAAGGAGAAGAAGGAAAAAUCAUCCAUUGCAUCAGGGUUCUCCAACUUCUUCCAUCGUAAAACCAGUGGCGGCAAGUCAGCAGAUGUGAAUGGAAAGGAUAAGAAAUCAGAUUCUAAGACAGACCUUAAAGCAGAGGUGAAACCAGAGGAACCUAAAAAGCUGGAUAUACUUGAUGAGAGCAAGGACAAACCUGAGCCCACCAAACCCCAGGAAGUGAAAACAGAGGUCACAAAACCUAAUAACACAAAGUAUGAAGCCUUGAAGCCUAAAGUACAGAAAGUUGAAGCUUUGAAGCCAAAGGAGACCAAGGUCGAGGCCUUGAAGCCCAAGGAGACAAAAGUUGAAGCCGUGAAAACCAGUGAGGUGAAAGACACAAAGCUUGAAGCCUUGAUGCCUAAAGUACAAAAAGUUGAAGCUUUGAAGCCAAAGGAGACUAAGGUCGAGGCCUUGAAGCCCAAGGAGACAAAGGUUGAAGCCGUGAAACCCAGUGAAGGGAAAGUUGAAGACUUGAAUCCAAAAGAACCAAAAGUGGAACCUUUGGAGUCUAAUGUUGAGACUGUCAAACCGAAAGAGGCAAAGCUUGAGGUCUUAAAGCCAAAGGAGACAGCUGAGCCCACAAAACCUAAAGAGACAAAGGUUGAACCAAAGGAGUCCAAGGUUGAGAUAUCUGAGCCUCCUGAGACUCCCACGGAAGCUGUGAAGUCCGAGACAGAGGUUGAGCCGACCUUGAACCCAAAAGAGGUGGAGGUGACCAAUGGAGAGAAGGAGCAGGCUCCAGAGACAAAGACUGAAGAAGUGAAGACAGAUGGCGCUCCACUGGCAGAAGCGGAGAACACAAAGGACGAGGAGGAGGAGGAACCAGAAGCUGCACACAAGCUCCCUGCAGGGAUGCCUAAGAUCGGACUUGGUGGGAACUUGUUGGCCGAGAUGAAACAGAAACAGGAGAAGCGGUUGUCCCAGAGAUUCCCUCCCCUUGGACCCCCUCCCUCGGUGCCGACGGAGAAGGGGAAACCGGAGACCAACAACAACAUCGGGGAGAAGUCGGACCCUGCCAAGGGCGGAGAGAGCGCAGAGGAGAAGAAAGCCCCGACACGGGCAGCAACAGUGACAGCAAAAAACCCCGUCCCAGCCCCGCGCGGCCUCGCAGCAAAACGCCCCACGGUCAUGUCUUCCAGCCCCGCCCCUGCUGUUGAUGGUGACGGUCCCCCAAAACCUCCAGCUCGCCCCUUGCCCCCCAAGAAGCCCCCCCAGUUGCCACCGAAGCCUCGCAACAGCCUCAGAUUAGCUAAAGACUCUCCAGUAGAGGAGGAAGGGUCCUGUGAAAGCCCUGAGAAGAAGCCUGAGGAAGGUGUGGUGUACGAUUCAGCCACACUGCGGUUGACCGUGAAGCAGAAAGCGAUGCGCAUCCACGAUGGAACCAAGACACCCCCUUCUGUCAAGGCCAAGACAGGCUCCCUUCCAAGGGAUUCAGAUGCAUCAGAUGAUUCUAAGGAUGAUGUUAAGUCUGACAGUUCAAUCUUAACACCCGACGAAUGUGACGGCGCACCUGGAAAUAUAAGCUCAGACUCCCAAAGUAAAGAGUCAGACUCUAAAUCAGGGGAGGCAACUCCGGAUAAGGAAAAUGGAGACGAUGGCUCUCCAGUUGUGGAGAAGAAGAAAGGCCCAGCUGGAAAAAAUGACCCUGAUGAAAUCAUGGUUUGAAGUGCCUGUGACAACAAUAUUUUGUGAAAUAACCACACUUUUUUAUAUAUUAAUGAGGACACAUUUUCUAAAUAAUCAUUUUCGUCACCAGUGCACAUGCAUGUGUUUUUGCUAGAAUGGACUCUGUUUGAGCUGUGUUCAGGGUGAGAAAAUGACUUUCAAAGUUGAACACUACUUGCAUGGUUAGAUUAGAACAUUCCAGGUCGGACUUGCAUCAACUCGACACAGGUGUGUACACUGGUGAUCCCCACCAUGUUGCCUCUGUCGGAAGGGGAGACUCGCUGUUUACAUCCUGUGAAAUAUUUACAUUUUAUAUUCAUACUGAUUUCUACAUUUCUACAUUUUCAAAUAUUUCAUAUGGUGUUUCGUGCAACUGCAAUGAAAAUGUCCCAUAUUUAUUUGAUUUCAUGUUGAAUCCAGUGAUUGCCUGAUGAAGACAGGUGGAAGAGUGAGAGGAUCACACUUGCUGAUAUCUUGUCCUAUAGUUUAUACAUAAUAUACAGAGAAAUGAAUGCUUAUGUAGUGCAGCCUAACACUGGACUGGGCAUUUAGGAUGAAGGGGGACAACUGAUCCUGGGUUUUGGACUAUGAAUUUGGAGUUACUCCCCUUUGCAGUCUUAGGAAUUUGGGUUUUUUGCAAGUCCAGAUGACUAGAGUAAACCUUAUUUCGCUGGACCUGGGGGUUUGUACUUAGUCCUGCUUGAACAAGACAAAAUUGUUUAUUAUGUUAAUUUUUCUGUCAGUUUCAAUCAGUUCCAGUUUGUUACAAAAUUGAAGCAUUAAAAACUGGUUCAGAAAUAUAGCCGUCAAAUGCUACUGGGCACUGAGUAUCAUUAUUGGAUUUUUACUUCUUAAAAUUUGGUAGUCUCAAGCUGGGGGACCAGCAUGAAUUUCGAAGACUGCCCUUUGCCCUAAAGGAACCAUCAUUAUGGUAUCACAUUUGUCAGCACUCGUCACUUUCCAUAACCUGAAGAAGACUCGUGUUCCAAGCGAUCAGAGCUGUAUGGGAUAAUGUGAACCAAUCAGAAUGCAUCUAUGGAUAUAAUUAUUUUGGUCAAAGAAUCCCUCUGUAAUAUUUUUACUGGGUGGGGGAUGGUAUGAAAUGUAUUGGCUUACAUCAUGCAUUUGAUUCGUGUCUAUUGUUUUUGUGGUCUUUGUUGAUCCCAGGUGGCCAGCCUAGUGCAAACAUCCCCUAAAAGACUUGUCCCUCAGCUCGGUAGCGUAGAAACUUGUAUCCAGGAAAGGGUAUUACACUGAAAGUACUACGUGAGUGAAAUCACAGUUGGUAAUGUGUGUGUAGUUACCAGCACAACUUGACAAGCAUAUUUGGUUCACAAGCAUCGGCAGAUGAAAAUCAUUAAAAUCCUGAAAAGUCACCUUUUCACAAAAUACAAUAAUGAAAUUCCAAUGUUAUAAUUAACAUGAUAUGUUUUCAAAAGCCAUUGUUUGGAAACAAGUUGUUUUAAUUUGUAUAAUUAAUUUUAAUCUGUGUCCAAAGAGGUUUUAUUUGCGAGUUUGUUGGUGCAGAGCAAUUUCACUACCUAACUGUCGUGAAACUUUGAAACCAAUUAUUUUGAGUACGAGCUCACAAAACAUUUUAGAAACUGAUCCCCCCGAGGGUUGAAGCCACUCAUUGUAUAUGCAUACCCAUGGUGAUAUUGUAAGUAUUAAUGACAGUAUUUCACAGAUGAUCGAAACAUUGUCUCCAACGACCUGUGCUCACUUCGUUAAGUAGCUGAGUGUUUUAGAAGUGUUAGAGAAAGUAGGUGGUAGACUCGUAGUGUCUUUGUUAUAUACAUCAUUAAUACUCUGUGUGUUUGAGAUAAUUCCAAGAAAUACCAAAGCUGACAGUUUGUUGUUCAUCAAUUCAGGUAUGUCUUGUAAACAUAAGUUCUUGGUUUCCUCUGCUGACAGAACAGUACCCUAUUUGACAUGGUGAAUUUCUUGUUGAGAACAUGUUGGUCAAUUUGUGUGCGAAAAGAUUAAUUUGUGACAGUUUAAUAACACAAAUAUAUCACCUUAUCGGACAUCUUCCAUUAGGAAUCAAUUAGCUGUGCAGAGUUGUGUCCCUUACCUGUCUGGAUCAGAUGAUUAGGUUCAAAUUCUGGAUUCAAACUGAUCGAGUUAUAUGGUUUGUCUACACCAUCCCCAGCACAUAGUUUUUCAGUGUAUAUGUUCACAGUCAGCAUCACAUUAGACUUUCUCCAGCAUUAAGCUGACACGAACUGAUAUACUACUGGAGGUGAGGUGAGGUGAGGUGAAGUGGGGUUUUAACGUCGCGUCCAAGAUUAUUGCACUUACAUAGCGACGUGCAUGCACGUGUAUGUGUGUGUGUG